AUGGGUGUCAAGAUUCUCUCCCUCUUGGCCCUUGUCGGUCAUUUAGUCACAGUACAUGCUGGAUUCCACGCUGUCGUUGGCGGUGGAUAUGGCCGGCCUAGUAGAACGACGACAACGACUUCAAGUCCGACAUCAAAUUCCGCGAAGCAGUGUUCAACCACCGUCAUCGUCACUCAAAUUGCAACCGUCACGGCUCCAGUCAGCACAAUCACUUACGAGAUAUCGUCAUACACUGCGGAGGUCGAUGGCAGCAUCCUUGGUUUCGUUCCGGCGGUCCUCAGGCGGUCGACGAAAUAUCCCGGGACCACGAAGGUAACGGCGUCAAUUUCCACUCUCACCCGAAUCACAGUCCCGACCUCGACGAUCGGAGUGUCCUCCACUAUCACCGUCCCUGCACCAUCCGGAUUCCUCCCCAUCGAGAGUACCCUUCCCAAUGCGACAGGACCCUACUCCCACCCCGGAUCCAAUCCCGCCGGAAAACGCGAUUUAGCAAAGAUACCAUGCCAGACCAUCACGCGCACAUCCCUCUUGACGACCACCCUUCCCGGACCCAUCGCCACCACUGUCACGACCGUCUCCGGUCUGGGCAUCGGCUUCCCCGAGGUGAGCACCACCUACGACUUGGUCGGCUUCUCAAACUUCGCCCAGACCUUCACCAACGACGGCGGAUCCUACAUCACCGUCCCCACGCCCCGCGCCAUCACCACCUAUCUCGCCACCACCGAGACCACCGUUGUCCUUCCGACGCAGUACGACGCCGGCCGGAACAUUUCCAUCUAUGCCGCGUGCCAGACCGUCAACUUCGCCGGCCGAGUGGUGUACGACUCCGGACCCUUCGACUCCUACCUCCUGAAAGACACAGCACAGGAGCGCGUGGGGGGAGCCUUCCAACGCGCGUACGACUGCUGCGCCGCAGCGUUCGAGCUCGGCGGCGUGGGUUUCUGGCAGUGGAGUCCCCAGUCGAAUAGUUGCUUCGUACAUCGCGUGGCGACUAGCAAUGAUGCGUGCGUGCAGAGCGCACAGAAUUUCGAUGUCAGUCAUGCCGGUCCGGUCAGUCCGGCGGAUGAGCAGCAAUAUGGCGGUCGUGUCACUGGGAAUGGUGUUUGUGGACGGGUCACGCGUGCGGUGCCGUAUCCGGAGGCUGGACCAGGGUCGGGAAUCGCAUAA